AUGAGAAAAAAUAUAAAUAUUUUAUUUUAUUUCGUUAAAAUAUGUUUAUUUUCCAUUUUAACCUGGAUUUUACGUUGUUCUAACUAUUUUGAAGAUAAUAAAGGGUAUAACAAGAAAAAUAAUACCCAAGGACCACUGAAUUCAAGAACUAAUAGAUUAUUAACAGAAGGAGGGAAAAAAAAAAAGGCAAGUUCUUCCCCAGUAAAAAAAACUAAUAUAAUAAAAGAAGUUAUACAUAGUGGAUAUAAAGAAUAUCAAGAACGUUACGAUAUAAAACGUCAUAAAAUCGUACAAGAUGAGGAAAAAGGAUUUAAAGAUUGUGAUGAAACAUACGAAGGAUCAAAUUAUGGGUUUACAGAUAAACGUCCUUACACUUCAAAAGACGAAGAAAAGGUCGCCCGAACAAAAAUAUAUUCAUUAAAAAAAAGAUUCCCAUUUUAUUCUAUAUCAGCCUGUCCAUAUGGUACAAAUAAAUCCAUAGAGCGUGGGGCAGCAGAUUACAUGGAUGAAUGUAAUAAAAUAGUUAAUGCACUUAAGAGUAUUCCUAGUACUGAUGAAGAAGAAGAAGAAAAAAAAAAAAAAGAUGAUGAUGAUGACGACGAUGAUUCAAAUGAUCCAUCUAAUUCUAGUGCCACUUUAUUAAAAAAAAGAAAUAUAAAAGAAAAAAAAUAUUAUCCUGUGAAAGAAAAUCCUCCCACGGUUGUAAGGAAAUAUAUACGUAAAGGAAAUGCAGCGUUAAAUAAGAAAGAUCUUAUAGACAUUGUUGAUUCAUUUGAUAAUGCCAAUAAAGAAUAUACAGCAUUUUGUUAUCCAGAAACUAGUGAUCAUCCCUAUGUUACAAUUAAUUAUUAUAAUGUAGAAGAUCCUAAAGAUAAAUCACCAAAGUCAAAAGGAAAAAAAAAGAAAAAAUUAAUUAAACGAAGGGUCUUUAAACAAAAAGAAGAACAAUCAGAGAAAUAA